CUCCGCGUGGGACACCGGUACUGUUGGGAAGAGGUUGGACGUUCCCACUGGUCUCCUGUCAUCACAGCCUGUCCUCCCACUCUCACAGAGACUCCGCCCCCGCUGUUCCCAGUAGACACCGCGAAGCCACCCAGAGAGACCGUCAAGGUGCAGCCGGUCUCUCCCUCGCUUCCCUGAGUGUGUGCUUUUAUCCCCCGUUUUCUUUUCCACCGUAUACUUCAUAACGUCUGUAUUUGCCUGUGUUGUGACAUUAACUGUCACCCGGUAUUUUACUGAGGGGAGUAAAUUGGAGUUGACGCGCCUCCAGACGGGAUAACCAACGGAAGACAACAUGGCUUUCACUGUGGAAUUUUUCACCUUCCUGACAUUUACCGCCGUCAUCAUGGUUCACCACUGUAAAGCAGCACUCCCUCCACCGACAGAUCUGUCCUAUGAGUGGGUGGACGCGUUCACUGUGAACGUGACCUGGAAGAAGCCCAGCGGUCUGCAGGAUGGGAAGGUCUGGUACAAAUACUGCCUGGAUCUGGAGCUCCCAGAGAGUUAUGUGUGCGUGAAAUCGAGAAAUUUCUCAGCGACCCUCCUCACAGAAGAGACGGGCUCUAGCAACUGGACGUACUUCGUUUGGACUGUUGAAGAAUGUAAUAGUCAGAAUGAGAGCACCGAGGUGCGCAAAAUCAUUCAAACCCCUAAACCAAGAGCUGAAGUGAAGGACAUCAAAUGUAUCAUCACCCGGACAAGAGAAAUGAACUGUUCCUGGAUCCCAGGGAAUCCGGCUAACAUGCCUCUUAAGCUCUCCUAUAGGAUAUGUGGACUUACCAAGGAACUUAUUAAGCCUUUAAGAGAGUGCAAUCGGCCUUACAUCGGUGCGGGGAGGUAUGGCUGCUACCUGACAGCUGAUGGAGUCGAGAAUGAUACCUGCGUGUCUUUUGAAACUGAUACUGGAAUGAGCACCUCUAAAAUUGCACCAAUGAUAGAUUCACCAGUGUUGAGCGUCGUAAAAGAAGAAGGAGAUAAGCUCAAACUGAGCUGGGUGCAUCCAAAGAUUGGAGUAAAUUGCAGCUGGACAUACACGGUGUGCUACAAGAAAUGCAGUCACUCCGAAGAGUGUCAUAACUACACUACACAGGGAGAGCCUGUGUUCAUCCCCUACGAUAAAAGCUGCCGCUACGAGUUCUGGUCCAGCGUCAAGACUGAUCGCUAUUGCAAGACAGUUUUCAGCGAAUGCGGCGAAGUCGUAUCUUAUGGUACCAACGACGAGAAGUUGACCGUGGUCGCCAUCGUCCUCCCCAUCAUCCUGUCCGUCUGCAUCUUUCUGUCCUGCUACUGCUUCAGGAGGCACAGCUCCAUAAUCUGCCCCGUCAUACCAGAUCCUUCAGCCAUAUUCAAGGAAAUGAUGAUGAACGGAAACAAAGAACUUAAGACCACAGCAGGGAGUCUGUACACGCCGGUGCCAGAGCCCAUUGAAUCCUGCAAAGUCGACCCCGUAACCGAUAACCUUGUCGUCCCGCUGAACUCGUGACACGUACGCUGCAAAAGCCUGCAGUGCAGCUGGACUCGCACUCUGGGCCAAUUCCUUGAGGAACGUUGAUAAAGUCCGUUGCACAUCUGUCGGGUGCGGUGAUGGAGUGAGCUGUGCCGACCUGACUCUGUGUCACUGCAGCUAGGGAACAACUUGAACCACUAGAGGUCGGCAAAUAACAACAUAUUCAGCUGCUUUUGGCUAACUCUCUUAAGGCAGUGCAGAUGUCCGGCUGCUGAGGCCUGGAUAAGGAAAUGCACAGAAUCUUUGGAGCAGCCUUCAACCAUAACAACAAUAAAAGGCCACCAGGCUGUGGACCCGGAAAUACUAACGGGGCAAGAAAGCCUUCCAUGGCCGCACUGUGCUGAUAUCCUCCCGUUGAUCACUGGGAGGGAGACCAGCCUGUGUGCGGGUUGCAGGCCAGCGGAGGCUGAAUUUACUGGGAAGUGUCCCAACAGGAGCUGCUGUGUCCCUGGAUAUCUGCUGCACACAUGGAAGAGAUGACGAGAGAGUAACAAUGGGAAGAGGCUCACGUCUUGCCACCGCAAAAGUCUCGUUUGCAGGAACGACAAGCAAUUUCCGGUAUGACUGCCGUCAUGGCAACUAGACAAUGGGCAGGAAGCAAUAAGUGGGAAGCACGUACUUCUAUAAUUGAGUGAUCCUGAAACGGUUCAUACAGUCAAUCUGUCUUCUGAAAAUGUGGCCCGUGGUGUUCUGGCUUUUCAACCUUUGUACACAACUUGUUUUGUGAGGACAACAUAGUUUAGGCACCUGAGCACCAGUUAAAUGGAGAACAGCUUGGCUGUCAGCCGGCUGGUUUUCUGACAUCACAGAUGCACCCAAAUGCAAAAUGCCUAAUCACCGUUAGUCACACACUCCUUCCUUCCUUAAAUCGAAGGAAGGGAGCCGUCUGUUGCUUUGUUACAUUUACCAACACUUUUCUGUCGGGUGAUUGUUGAUGAUUCUCGCUGCCUUUUUAAUGAAAAUAAAGAAAAGUGAAACAUG